AUGUGUUGUGAGUUAUGUUCAACCGAAUUAGAUUCGUUCACCGAGGUUCAAACGCACUAUCGGAAAGAGCAUAGCACCCGUGGAUACAUUCGAUGCUGUGAUAAAGUUCUUUAUAGACGAGCAAAGCUGAUGGAGCAUAUUUUCGUGCACGAAGGGUCCUUGCGAUGCGAUAUAUGCCAAAAGAGUUACACGUGUAGUCGAUCGUUAAAUCUUCACAGACUCAACAGCCACACCAGAGAAGAAGACAGGCCGUUUAAAUGUGAUAAAUGUCACCAAUCAUAUCCAAAGCAGCAUCUUCUAACGGCACAUCUUGCACGGCAUGUACAAGAACGAUGUUCAAUCUGUGAAAAAACACUAUCCAGUAGUCAAGCGUUAAAGGUCCAUAUCGCUCAGGUGCAUGGAGAAGACAGCAACCAGAUAUGUGCCACUUGUGGAAAAGAGUUUCGAACGAAACGCGCAAUGGAACGACAUAUCAAGGAACAUUUAGGGCUGGAGUUAAACGAAAAGGUGCAAUGUCACCUGUGCGAAAAAUGGUUCAAUGGGAAAUACAAUCUAAAAAAGCACAUUCGCUUCAUUCACAUCGAACAGGGUCAAGAUUUUCAAUGCGAUAUUUGUCACCACAAAUAUCCAAACACACGUGCACUGGUUUAUCACAAGCAGCGUGUCCACGUGGAGGAAAAAUUCGAAUGCGAAUACUGUGGUAAACGGUUUAAGCGUAAAAUUUAUCUCAAAGAACAUAUCGCUUCGCACACCAGGCAGCCGUUGUACUCUUGUGAGAUAUGUGAUUCUACCUUCAACUCCAACGGAAAUCUCUACGCUCACCGGCGUAACAAGCAUGCCGCCGAAUGGAAAGCUUACAAAGCACAUGCCUCAAAAAUAGAUACUCAACAGAGUGUAUGA